CAUCGUCUGUAAAAAGGGAGCAGUUUGAUGUCUUGAAUUUGUUGAAUAAGAAGAGGGUUCAUUCUAAUGUCAUUAAACCAAAAAACAGAUACUAAUAAUAAUGCUCCUGUAAGCUCUCUGAAUAAUGAUAGCUUGACCGAUUCAGAAAAGUUUCUGUAUGCUCUUAAUGAAAUUUCCAAUUCUCAGUCUGUUCCCCAUGUAUCUAUGCUAUGGAAGUUAUUAUUUGAACUUCAAAAGAUCUCAAAAUUUAAUGAUGAAUCUGAAGAGUUCUUUUCUAAAUUUGGGGAGCAAUUUAAAAGUUCCAAAUCGCCGUACCACUCAUCGAAAGCUUCCCCGAUAUCGGAGGAUCAACCGUCCGAGUCUUUGAAUGUAGGCGAAGUAAAAGAGGAAAAGCGGACGGUUUCCUCGGUACUUGAGGCUCAAGACGACUCAUCGGCGUCAAAAAAACACAAAGGCUUACCUGCGGACGAGACAGCUGAUGAACCUAAAGCAGAAAAAAAUCCAGUGGAGCAGCCUUUAGAAAUCUCUCAAGAAAAUAUUGACCUGCCUGUGAAAAGCAAGGAUAAUCAGACAGGUGCUUGUUAUAAAUCGGCAAGUGAACUUACAACAGGUUCUCUUAUAUCUUUUAUUGUUGAUGACCAUAUGACUUACGAGGAAAAAAAGGACUUGCUAUGUGUUUCAUCUUUUCCUAAAAAGGAUGUACGCUGUUUAGUUGCUGGUACCCCGGUUACAGAGGAUUUCUCUAAUAGUAAACCAAACAACCAAAUCUCAAUAUCUACGUUUUAUUCUUUUUUAGACCCUUAUUUCCGCAAUUUGAAUGAUGACGAUAUUAAUUUUUUGAAGGAAACUUCAGAUAAUUCAAAGAGUUAUCAAAACCCUCCUCUGGGUGAACGGUUUCCUGAAAUCCCCGAGGAAGAUGAUAUUAGUAAUCUUUGCUCUGCUUCUAUUUAUCAAAGCCUUAAAACUAUGCCUCAUGGUUCCAUCGAAAUGCUUCAGGAAGUUGAUACAGCAGGUGAAGAUAUCAGUUGCGGCCCAUUAACAGAAAGGUUACUUGCAUCGCUGCUUCCUGAUGAUGUAUCCAAUCAAAAUAAAAUGAACACACUUGUAAAUGGAAGUGAUCAUGCGAAUGGAUCUCAUGUCAAAAAGGAGGGUAUAGAGGAAAUAGAAGCUGAAAAGGAAGAAAUGAACGGUAUGAACAAUGAAUUGUCUAUUCUUUUCGAAUCAGACUUUUCGUUUUAUGAAGAAAGGUUACGGAAUCGACUUCGAUCUUUUGGUGUUAUAUACGAUGAUGAUAUUGAUUGGACAAAAAGGCAAGAUGACCAAAUAUCUGAAACACUAAGGUCACUACAGUGCCGUCUAAAAAGGGUUGAAGAAGAAAAUCAACAAAGAAAGCAAAAGAUUUUAGAGCUUUUGCCUGAAGAAAUGGCCUUUCAAGAAUUUUCAGCCGUGUUAGAUGACUUGGACAAACAGAUUGAAAAUGCAUAUAUGAAACGAAACAGAACUUUGAAGGUAAAGAAGAAAAGAAUUGUUAAUGAAAAAAUAAAUGCUUCUGCAACAAGUUCUUAUGCAACUAUUAAAUCAUUAAUGGACAAACGAUCUCUAUGGUUAGAAAAAUUACAGCCCUUAUUCCAUAAUCGACUACAAAAUGAUUGUCUUCGAACACCGGAUUCUCUAUUUGGAAAACCCGAUGACAGAAAUACAAAUACAUCUCCUUUCGGCGGACUAUUGGACAAUGUAGAUUACAACCUUACUUUUGGUCUUUGAAUGAAUAAUAUUAUGUUUACGAGUAUCAAUGCUUCCCUGUUCUCGACUUGCGGAUAAUAUUUAAACCUUUAUAAACUUCUAAUUGACAAA